GUGGGCGGGGCUUGUGUCAGGAAUGUGCUCAACUCCUCUUCUCAGUGUGUUGCUGAGAGUCUAGGAGAGAUGGGUUUGUCCAAGUUGGUGUCCUCCUGGUCAGUGGAGGAGGUGCUGGAGUGGGUUCAGGAGCAGCAUCCGACCCAAAUGGUCACACUGCACAAGGCCAUAAUCAAGCACUCCAUAUCAGGCCGUGCUCUGCUCAGGCUGAAGGAGCAUCACUUGGAGGCGCUGGGAGUGGAGGCAGAGGAAGAGCAACAGGCCAUUCUCCAGGACCUCCUCCUCCUCAAAGUCCACGAAGAAAUCAAUGAGCUCAGCCAAAUCUGCUCUGAACUUUUAUCUGAGUAAACUACGGCGAUGACUCGCAGCACGUCAGGUGAAAGAUAUUUGUGAUGAGACGCUGCGGAUGAUGAAGAGGGUGAAAAAUGGUGGACUGACAUUUAAGAAGAGAAAGAAUCCAAUCGAAUGCUGGAUUCACUCUCUGCUGAUGGAUGGCAUUAGUGAGGUUUCUGAGCUCUGUCUCCAUGAGGGAUUUUCUAUUUUUCUCACUUUUUCUUAUAAGGUCAUUCGAAAAAAAAACAAAAAAAAAACAGAGUAGUAGUAUUAAGUUUGCUGUGUGGGCAGUUAAAUAGUUCCUCAUAAAUCACAUGUGAAUACCUCAAUUGGAUUCAUCAUAUUUAUUCAUUUAUUUAUUUAUUACAAAAUUAUUGUCCAAAUUCAUUCAGAUUUUUUUUUUUACUGUUGGCCUGAAAAAUGCUUCAAGACAAUAGAAAGUUGUCCUUAAACAUAUUCAAAUAUUUAAAGGUGCACUGCAUAAUAUUUCUAGUGGAGGGUCAACCACCUGUUUGUCUCCAUGGAAAUGUUGAUUGAUUUGUCUAGAAUGUUCCACAGUAUAGAUUAAACGUAUUUCUCAGAAGGGAGACAAGCAGUUAACAGCACUAUACUUUACAGUUCAGAUCUGUGGAGAGUCACCCCUAGUCACAGAAGUAAUUGUAUUUUGAGCAAUAGAAACACCUGUAAUGAAUAAAUGCCAGAAUGGUACUUUUAAUGUCAUACCAUGGAACAUUCCAGGCAAAGGUUCCAUGGACUCCAUGGAGUCAAAACCACCAGAAGAGUUGUGCAGUGCACCUUUAACAUUAUCUUUUAUGUAUAUUAUUGCCUAUUUUAAUAUACAAAAGAACUGAAUGUUGUUGCACAGAUUUAAAAAAAAAAGUGGUCCUGAAAUUCCAAAGAUGCGUUUUAUGUCUUUAACCUUUCUGUUAAAAUUUUGUGAGUUAUACUUCCCAUGUGAUUUUCUGUUACUAAAAUGAAAUCUUGGAACAGUU